AUGGCAAAGUUGUGUCCCAAAAGUGGCUACACCAACUGGGGUCCCGGGCUGCCUGACAACUACGGCUACGAGGACUGUGCCUACAUGGACCCCGGGUUCUACGGCGCAGGAGGCAACUGGAAUGAUGUCUGGUGCUUUCAAUACUACAACUACAUCUGCAAAAAGAGGAUCACACCCUCAAGUUGUGAUGACAAACCGUGUCAAAAUAGUGGAGUCUGUGAAACCGAUGGGACUGGCGGUUACCAGUGUAAAUGCAAGGCAGGUUACACCGGCAAAACCUGCCAGGAAGACAACUAUUGCCAGUCUGGCUGGAACCAUUACGGAGACUUCUGCUAUCGCUUCUCGGAUGAAUAUUUACAUUUCGACGAUAGACAUACCUGGCAGGGCGCUCUGGCGAGAUGCCAGUCGGACGGGGCAAACCUAGUCAGCAUCCACAGCAAGGACGAAAGCAACUUCAUUUUCGAUCACAUGGGAUACAGUAGAGGCCGUUUUUGGAUUGGUCUUACCGAUCAAGAGAGGGAAGGGUUCUUCAAGUGGAGCGACGGAACAAAGCUGGACUUCAUCAACUGGAGCCCACGGAUACCCGACAAUGCUGGCAACGAGGAUUGUGCGCACAUCGAUUCCGUAUACUUCGGCUCACAGUGGUCGGACGUUUGGUGUGGCCAAAUAUAUGGCUACGUGUGCAAGAAGGCUGCGGAAGAUAUCGAUGAAUGUAAAUCACAGCCAUGCCAGAAUGAUGGUACGUGCGUAGAUUUGAUCAAUGACUACCGAUGUGACUGUGUGGCUGGCUACGAUGGAAAAGACUGUGAAAACAACAUUGACGAGUGUGCGUUAACAACUUGCCUGCCCGGUUUCGUCUGCGUAGAUGGCAUCAACUCGUGCUGUUGCAUGGCAACAAAAUCAAUGACUGUUUAAAUGACGCCAACGUUCAGAUGAUCAGUUUCAGGACAAAGCAAGUCGCAAAAUAUCCCUUAAUAGUUGCAUCAUCAUGGUUUGUUAAUGUUUAACAACAGUUGCCAUUUUCCCCUGUUUUUAUUGAUUUCAUAACGUUUUUCCUUUUCUUUUGAAUUAAUAUUGUGAAGUAACUACAGACUAUGCGUUUCUGACUUUUUCCUUAGGCCAACGUUGAGAUAAUCACUUUGAAGUCAAGGCAAUUUGAAAAAGUUACCUAAGAUUUGCAUAAUCUUAGAGUUGGCAAUGAAAUAAUGGUAAAGAAAUUUAAAACAAAAUCAUUUUACUUUUAGUACUGAUCAUAAUAAAAAUAUAAGAUAUCAAACAAUAACUUUCAGUUGGUCCAAACAUUACAAUAAAGUUAAAGAUUCAAUCUUGCA